CCAGGCGGUCACACUAUACCACAACCCUCUCUCUCCCUCUCUUUUGCUCCCUUCUGCCUAGACAGCUAAGAACAACACAACCUACCCGUCUCCCAUAUCGCAGCCAUGAAGAUCCUCUACAUCGGAAUCCUCCGGAACGAAUCCAAACCCGCAGUCGAACUCGCCGCCGAACGUGACCUCACCUCCUUCUCGCGCUUCACCCGCUCCAACGUCGGCGAAUUCCUCACCGUCUUCGCCAAAACCGUUGCCGAACGCACCCAGCCUGGCCAGCGGCAAGACGUCGAGGAACAAUCCUACACCUUCCACUCGUACGCUCGUUCCGAAGGCUGCUGCGGCAUCAUCAUCUCCGACCAUGAAUACCCCAAGAUGGUGGCGCAUCAGCUGUUGAGUAAAGUCUUGGACGAAUUCCUCUCGAGAUACCCGCGGAGUGCCUGGGCAGAUAGUAAUGGGGAAGUGCCCUUUCCUGUGUUGGAGGAAUACAUUGUCAAGUAUCAGGAUCCGCAGGCUGCGGAUAGUAUUAUGAAGAUCCAAAAAGAACUCGACGAGACGAAAAUUGUGCUACACAAAACCAUCGAAUCUGUACUGGAGCGAGGCGAGAAAAUCGAUAGUCUGGUCGCCAAGUCCGACGGAUUAAGUGCGCAGAGUAAGAUGUUCUAUACGCAAGCGAAGAAGCAGAACAGCUGCUGUGUGGUCAUGUAAACCCCACAAAGGCCCAAGGCACGAUGGAUGAUGAGUUAGUUGGAGCAGGCUCCCCGAGGGAGAAAAACACCUGACCUGCCCCGCCUGGGAGUAGCACGAGACUCGUCGUUCGUACGUAAUAAGGUACGGUAUAGCAGGAAGAAGACUGGGUUGGCGUUCAUGGGAGUCCCCGAUACGAAAUAAUGAGAGAUUGUGUGUGCGAGAGAGAGCGAGCGAGCGAGCGACAUAGAAAGCGGUGGGAGUGAUGGGAGGGAGGAGGGAGAGUGGGAUGGGGAAAAGCAGCCCAAGCGACGACUCUCUCUUUUUUUCCACAUUGCCGACGAGAGAAAUCCAGACGUGUAAAUUGCAUGUCUGUCUAUAUUAUCUUACGGUACAUUACUGCAGCUAUGAUUGAGCGUCCACCCCUUACUUGCAAUAGAUACUGUAGAAACGCCUGAUCGAGGCGAAUGACGC